UUGCCGGAAGUCCGAAUCGAAACCGAAGUGGAAUGGCGGCGCAGGACGAGUCUCUGUUUACACUGGACGUUAUACCUCACGAAAUUUUGGAGCAUAUUCUGUCUUUCCCUGAAAUUAGCAUUCACGAUCUGUGCAACGCUUCGAAAGUUUGUGCGAAGUUUCGCGACGUUGUCUGCAGUAACGAAUUGUGGCGUCAAAAAUUUGUUCAGAGGUGGCCUGACCUUUUCCGUCAACAUAAUGCAGUCGGGACGAGAUGGCGUGAAGACUGCUCGGAACGUUUCACCUGCGGCAAGAAACUACGUAAGUGCAUUGCCAGCAUGUCGGAGAAGUUCUACACACAGGACGAGCUGUCGGAAGACGCUUUCACCGAGAUUCUCCACCUCAGUAAGCACCCUCGUGCGAUGCUCUUCUACAUCGACGAGCUCUACGCGAUACUCGACGACGGAAUGCCGGAUGACAACCUGACUGUGAAGUACUACGCACGACGAGUACAGUGCUUUGUGUGCCACGAACACCUAAAAAGCCUCUGGGACAACUACCUGGGCUUUCCGGAUGAUGUACGAAAGCCACCCUUGCUGGAAGAUGGAGCUCUGCUUCUCGCUGAAUGGUGCCAACCCCUCGAACGCAUCGACACUGAAGGAGUCAGGCAGACUCUCGACUUGCUCGCAGCCAAGGCGCGAACGCUUCUUGCGAACAGACAUCCAAGUCAUCCCAUUCUGAAGGCUGCCUUCGAGAAUGGGACGUCAUCUGAUCUCACUUUGGAAAGCAGGUCGAGGUGGCAGCCAUCGGAAUGUCGCGCUGUUCUCACGUGCAUAAAUCAUGUUCUAUUUCAAGUGUACGCCUUGAUGGGGGAGAAGCAUGAGUUCUACACCAGGGAGAACUCUUUCAUAGACAAGGUCCUUCAGAAGAAGACAGGAAUUCCGAUUGCCCUUUGUGUUAUAUAUGAAGCAAUUGCGAGACGUCUCGGUGUGCUCUGCUUGCCUGUCAGCUUCCCGGGCCACUUUUUACUCAAAUGGCUCGAGCAUCCAGAAUUACCAGAAGACCAGAGGUACACUUACAUAGACCCGUUCAACGGAGGUCGGUUUUUAACCCAGAAGGAGUGUCCUCAGAUAUGCCCCGGUAUUCAGAUUGACAACAGUUCUUCGUACGAUGCUGUUCCACCAAUAAGGGUUUUAGUGAGGAUGUGCUGGAAUUUGGUUGAAGUAGGGCGUCAGCAAGAAGGAACCCUAGGAAUGCAGGGCCUGCGACAAGCGCUUGAGCUGCUGGAGCUUUUCGAACGUCUCGGGCACAAUCCUUGCGCGGGAGCGAUUGAGCACCGCUUGCUGCUAGCACGCGUUUACCUCCAUCUUGGGAUAAACUAUGCACAGGUAAUGUCGCUCUUACAAGAUAUUGAAGCAGCACAUCCUGCUUCCAGUGGCAUCGUUGCAUACAUGUAUCGUUCAGCGCAAAGUCAAAUGGCGGCACAGCAGCAACGUAAAGAAGCCAGGAACCAUCGCCAAGUUCACAAACAGCGUUCCACGUCAAAGUCGCAAGUGGCUUUCACGAUAGGCUUGAUCAUGAAACACAAGAAGUACCACUACCAAUGUGUUAUCUACGGCUGGGACAGUACGUGCGCAGCGAACCGGGACUGGAUUUACCAAAUGGGUGUCUACAACUUGAGCCGCAAAGAUAGGCAGCCAUUCUACAAUGUGCUCGUGGAAGAUGGUUCCAACAGAUAUGCCGCUCAAGAGAACCUGACCAUCUCCACUGACCCCUCUCCCAUAAGUCACCCGGAGGUUGGAAAGUAUUUUGAACGUUUCUGCGGUACUCAUUACACUCCAAACGAACAAAAGGAAGGGGAGUACCCGGAAGAUGCCGAGGUACGCAAGGACAUCCUACAGCAGUCUUAUGGCAGCACGCCUACACGUAGGACAGAUGAAGGCUGAGUGCAGUGUGUAUGUGUUAUCAUUCACGUCACAAGAGUACCGUUUUGAUGUGUGGUACCCUAGCGAGUGAUUUGUGCAAAGCGUUGUGAAGAGGAGCUCUGUACAUCCUUUCACAGUGGUAACUAGAGCUUAAUGGUUUCAUAAUGCUAUUGUGUUCGCUGAAGAACUCUGAAGUAGGCUGCUGUACUAUUUUCCUCGAAAUUGCUCAAAGCAGGAUAACACCACCCAGAAGCCGCGAACAAACACUGAAAACCACUCAUCCAAUUUUUCCGUACUACAUGAAGCGUAGUUAGAGAUGUAUAUUUUCGCGUAAAACCCGAUAUUAUAUUUGGGUAUAUAUGUGGGUAAACCCAAUUUGCACAGCAAAUUACUGGGUUUAACCUGAUUUCUACCUGUCAGUUUGGAUUUCUCAUGCCACAACUUUGUUUAGUUAGCUUUCAGCACAAGAGGUAGUGCUCUCAAAGCUCUCCCACGUGCAUGCCCAAUUUCUACACCGUGGAAACAUGCAAUUGAAGGAGAAAGCGUGAAUGAACUUCAACUGUACAUAUGACUUGUAAAUACCUGAAUCCGAGAACAAGGAUAAUUGUGCCACAGAAACAAUUCUACCAUAAUAUGCGUGUUUGAUACGUUGACGUUGCUGGAACCUGACUCUGUUUUAAUGUAAAGGGACUUGACUUACACACUGGCUCACCCCUUAUCUGCUUAGGACAAUGACUUCACUUAUAACUGUAAAAACAUUUCAGAUAUUCUCGUACAUGAUUAGAUUUAAGCCUCCUAUUUACCACAUUUGUACUUUGCACAGCCUACUGUCAUCCACUCUUUCAACUUCCAAGCAAUGCUGAUAAUAGUUUGCUCAGUGCGGAAACUGUCUGUUAUUGCACUGCAGAGGUCCUGGUGAUUUUUCUACAAUGCAUGCUAAAGUACUGUUGCCUCGACCAAUGGAAUAUCUCGCACCGCUCUGCCUUUAAUCUCCACACAGUCUCUAUGUCAGUCCUCUUGACACGGGACAGAACCAGUUAUGCAAGUUUCAUAUCACACUACCUUGAUGCUAUUUUGAAAUAAAUUCUUCUAGUAUAACACUU